GGUAUCAAUACGACUAGGAAUAUUUCGCGUGCUGAAUUACAGCGUCAUAACAAGAAUACUGAUGCCUGGACCGCCAUUCAUGGAAAAGUUUAUAACCUCACCCCGUACUUGAUAUUCCAUCCUGGUGGUGAGGAGGUUUUGCAGGCUGCGGGAAAAGAUGGUACCAAGUUCUUCAGUACGCAUCUAUCGAUUGUUUUAUUAUUCACGUUAUCGUUCCACUCACCCGCAUUUACAAUGGAUACGCAUCCUUGGGUCAAAGUAGAGUACAUUCUUGAUUGUUGCCUUCUUGGAUUCCUUAAAGAUUAA